CUUAAGUUAAGUCAAUUGAACGCAAAUCUCCGAUUGACGUUCAACAGUAAAUUCGCGCGUAUUUUAUAUUCAAAAACUCGAAUUGUUGGUCUUUAGCCAACACAUGAAUAGUAUCUUCAGUUUUCUCACUCUACAGGAACAUUUCACUUGAAAGAUUAUUUAUAUCUUACGUGACCAAGAUAGUAUUGAAUAAAUAUGACGUUUUUAAGCGAGUGCAUAAACACCACUCAGUGUGAACUGAUAGUAAGCUCGGGUUUAUUGAAAAUUAACGGGAGUGAAACUUUAAGGAACAUGCGAGGGAAUUUUAAUAUUUCCGAUAGUUUGGUUGAUCUUUUGAAAGGUGCAGCCCGGUUGUUUUAUGUCGUCGAUCCGGCCGAAAGCACUUUCGAACAUCCCAAGGAGGUUCCUAACUUUUUUUAUAAUGCAUGGCCGUACUUCCUACUGUUCAUGAUCCUGGAAAAUCUCGUUUUAUGGAUCGAACAAAAGCCUACCGUAAGACUGAACGACAGCAUUACAAGCCUGUCUCACGGACUAUUUCAAGAAUGUGGAAGACUUAUCUGCAGAGGUUCCGAGAGCUAUUUGUACGUGUACAUCUACGAAAACUUCCAUAUCGUUGACCUGCCCUGGAACUGGCCGAUUACGUGGUAUUUGGCCGCAAUUGGAGUCGAUUUUUGCUACUAUUGGCUUCACAGAGCGUGUCACGAGGUGCAUAUAUUGUGGGCUCAGCAUCAAGUUCACCACAGCUCCGAAGACUACAAUUUAGCAGUUGGUCUGAGACAGUCUGCUCUGCAAGGAUGGUGUGGAUUUGCCUUCUACUUGCCUUUGGCCCUAGUGAUUCCCCCGUCCCAGUUUGUCACCCAUCAGUACUUCAAUCUGCUCUUCCAGUUCUGGAUUCACACGGAAACUGUGAAAACGUUGGGCCCCCUAGAGUGGAUCUUCAAUACGCCAAACCACCAUAGGGUGCACCAUGGAAGUAACAUUUACUGUCUGGACACCAACUAUGCAGGGGUUUUAAUCAUAUGGGACAGGAUGUUCGGUACGUUCGCUAGAGAGCGCGAAGACGAGGAGAUUAUUUAUGGUUUAGUGUAUAACCAGCCUUCAUUUAACCCGGUACAUUUGCAGACGUUCUACACGAAAUACGUGGUGCAGCGGUUCCAGGCUAUGAAGGGUUGGAAGAACAAAUUGGCCGCCAUCUUCUAUGGACCCAGUUGGCAACCUGGAAAGCCCAGACUGGGUUUGGAAGAGGAUAAAGUUAAGGUGACCAAGAGAGAGAAGUACGACGUCAAGCUCCCUCUAUGGUGCAACACGUAUUUGCUCAUCCAUUUUGCCGUGGUUGUCUACGGCUUUCAUCAGCUAGCCAUCAGACAUUUGGCCCUGAACCCUUUAACUGUGAUUGGGUUUGUGAUCUACAUAAUCGCCUCCCUAACCAACAUCGGUCUACUGUUCGACAACCAUAAGUACGCCCCAGUAUUUGAAGUACUCCGGUGUAUGCUGCUGGUAACGGCAGUACAAAGAAUGUCUUUUCCAGACAUUGAGGCAAGUACUUUGGUAGCAGCAGAAGUGUUCUUCCUACUGUCCGGGAUCUUUUGGUUUUUGAAAAGUAUUAACGUGCUGGACCUUAAAGCUACCGAGAAGUGUAAAACUGGAUGAAGUGCGACGGUGUUUUAACUGAUUUUGCCUUGUUCCUAGUAGAUUUAGGUGAUUAUGUUAGAGGUUAAACCAGUGAUAUUAUUGUGAUGUUUCUUGUAUGUAUGUAUAUAACGUAAAAUAAAUUGUCUGUCUUAUGUGAA